AUGUACUCGCAUCACUCGCAUUCAGGACAAUACUGCCAGCAUGCGAAAGGCAGUUUGGAAGAUAUGGUUCUAAAGGCACUAAGUCUGAAUUACAAGUUGUUAUGUCUCACCGAGCACAUGCCUAGACUGGAGAAUAAGCAUCUUUAUCCAGAGGAGCUUGAAACUAAUACUUCCAUCCAAGAUCUUGAAAAAACUUUUGAUGACUACUUUGCAGAAGCACAGCGACUCAAGGCAAAGUAUGCUGGCCGAAUUGAACUCUUGGUUGGGUUCGAAUCGGAGGGUAUAUCACCUGCAUACAACAACUACACCAAACAACUCUUGGCAAAGUAUGACUUCGACAUGUUUGUUGGCUCUGUCCACCAUGUCAAUGGCAUCCCUAUUGACUUCGAUGAAGUGCAAUUCACUCAAGCAAUGGAAUCAUGCGGAGGUCUCGAACAGCUAUACUCUGAGUACUUUGAUCUGCAAUAUGCUGUGCUGCAGCUCCACCCUACUGUGCUUGGCCAUUUCGAUCUAAUAAGGCUGCUCUCACCCGAGUUCGACCUCAAAAACUCUGGUGUCUGGCCGAAAGUCGUUCGUAAUGUCCAAUUUGCUGCCAAUUCAAAAUGUCUUAUUGAAAUUAACCACUCGGCUAUUCGUAAAGGUUGGACGUGCCCUUACCCGCAAUCUGACAUUGUGGAACAAAUUGUAAAAUUCGGUGCAAAAGUGUGUCUAAGCGACGACUCUCACACGCCCUUACAAAUUGGCAUAAACGUGGCGAAGUCCCUCAAUUAUUUGCUUGAGAAUGGUGUCACACAAUUCCAUACGGUCACAGGCGAGGUAGUUUCCAUUGAACGCUUUUUAAAAACUAUGAUCUGA